GGCCGGUGGGAGCGUGUGGCGGGGGGUGUCGCUGCUGCGCCCAUAGGAGGGGCCUUCUUCUCGGCGAGGCCUUCUGCGAUAUGUCCUGCACUCUCGCCGUGCACCUGCCGGCGUGGAGGCCAUCGCGUUCGUGGGGCCGCACAUCUCCGGCGUUCGCGAGGUCCUGGCCGCCGGCCGCCUUAUCGUCGUCCUGGUCGUCGUCGACGAGGAGUAGGACUGUCGCGGCGGUAGCUUCGCGGCCGGAGCAGGGGCGCUCGGCGGAGCUGGCCCUGGCCGAGGGUCCCUCUUGUAUCUUCGUGGGUCCUAUAGAGACUGCGAGCAAGGACAUGCUCGAAGCUCUCUACCUUCAGGCACGGGAUGCAUACUACAGCGGAAGGCCUUUAAUCGUUGAUGACAUGUUUGAUAAAGUGGAGUUGAAGUUGCGUUGCUAUGGAUCAAAGUCUGUUGUCAAGUAUCCUCGGUGUAGCCUCAUGAGACAAUCAACUUAUGCUGAUGCUGAGGAAGAUCUUUCACAGGUUUUCGCAUUGGGAAGUAUAUGGACCCUUUUUCUUGCUUUUGGCAGCUUGGCUGUUCUAGUCCCAGCUGUCUAUACCGCGGGUUUAGCCUAUGAAGAACUUGCUGACUCAAGGCUGGUGUUUUAUAGCUCUAGUGUACUUGAAUGUCUUUCGAAUGUCAAUAGGAUCCUACUCAUUGGCCUAGGUUCCUCAAUUGGGAUUCCCAUUGCAUUGGCUUCAGUACGAGCGCUGGAACGUCUCUGGAGGAAUGACUUGGUCGCAUUAAAAGGAUCAUGCCCAAAUUGCGGUGAAGAGGUUUUUGCAUUUGUUAAUGCAGAGAGAUCUGGUCGGCCUUUCCAUAGGACAGAGUGCCAUGUAUGUGAAUCUACUCUGGAGUUCCGGACAAAAGUAGAGCAUUCAGUCUCGAGGCUGGGUGGUCGAUGGGUUUAUGGUCGUAUCUAUUUGGUUCGGCAGAGAACAAUGUGAAAAGAUGGAAGGUGGCCCCGCUGAUUUUGUAGUUUACUUAGAAGGGAACAAAAAUCAAGGAAAUGAAGCCCAAAAUUUUUACCAAGGCUGAUACCUGAUUUUGAUCUCUAUAACCACCUCUUAUGCAAUGAAUGAUUCUUUAUACUUGCUUGUAUUAAA